CGCUUCUUCUCUCUCAUUCCUUUUCCCACCAAUCACCGAGGAUCAACCCCAUUUUAGGCUCUCGGUCUUUCUCUGGGAGCCGUCGUCGCCGUCUUACACUGGUUGUUACACAACCGGGAGGAGAAGAGGGAGGAGGAGGAGGAGAUGGGGAAGUUCAUGAGGAAGUGCAAGGAGAUGGGGGAGGUGGCGGUGGUGGAGGUGCCGCCGGUAGGGGGAGCGAGGACGAGGGCGAGGGCGCUGGCGGAGCUGAGGAAGAGGAGCAGUGUGGGGUCAGAGGAGCUGCAGGUCUCCUACCUGGAGCUGAGGAGCAGGAGGCUUGCCAAGAACGGGCCCCCCAAGGAGAAGAAGAGGGAAUUCGGGUCCAGGGUGGUGGCCCAGGAGUCGCCGGCGGUGAAUUCUGGUGCCGGAGACGAGGACGCUAGGGUUUCCAUGUGUUCCGGCACGGGGUCGAGCGAGGAGGACAAGGUCGCGGCGGUGAGGAGCGGUAGCGUCUCGGAUCCGGAGGUAGAGGCGUCGCUGGGAGAGAACUCUGCUGACUACGAGUGCAUAGAGAGCGUCAGAGAGACGACUCCGCCUAGCGAUCUCCGAGCGGAAUCCGAAGCUCUCGAGUCGACGACGAGCUCGGCCUUCAACGACUCCGCCAAUUACCGCCGGAAACCGUCGCGAGUGGCGGCCAGGACGACGCCUCCGGCCUCGGAGAUCGAAGAAUUCUUCGCUGCGUUCGAGAAGGAAGAAGAACGGCGAUUCGCCGAGAAGUAUAACUACGACGUGGUGAAGGAUAUUCCCUUGGCUGGCAGGUACGAGUGGGUGAAAGUGACGCCAUGAGAGAUGAGGACGAAGCUGAAUAGAAGAAAAUGAAAAGAAAAACCAACACCCAGAAGCCUCCAUUUGUUUCUUCCCCUCCUUCCCACCUCUAUUUACAAGGAAGUAAAAUUUCUGUUGUUUUCCAUUUUUCGUCUCUCCCCCUCAUAGUCUUCCUCUUUUGUACAUGAUUGGAAGAACACAGUCUCCUUAAUGUAGAAAUAAAGGAAAAAUUUACCCCAA